AGCACCGGCGCAGCCCGUCGUCUUCUUCCUCCACGGGGAGGGAGGAGGGCCGGAUAAAAACGGAAGCUACCAGUCAAUUCCAAUUACCCGACGCGCUGUAAACACACGACAGUUGCGAGCUAACGCCUCUGCCCUUCGGAUCCGAAAGUUGGAAGAGGGCGAGGAGGAGGAGGGCGCGGGGGCGACGCCCGCGAGGGCUCCCCUGCGACGGCGACGAUGGCGCACGAGCGGGGCGGCGCGGCGGCCUCCUCCUCCGCGGCUCCAACCUCCGAGGAAGACGCGCUGUUUAUUGAUUUACUACAUGAAGCCCCCCUGUCUGGUCAUCGGGAGCCUAGAAGCAUAGUUGGUGGGACCUUGUACUGUAUCUUGUUGGCAGGUUAUGCUGCUGUUGUUAUUUCAGCUCCAUGGAUAUUUCUCUUCGUACCAGACAUGAUCCCUCUAUUGCUAUGCAGCUCCAAUGUUACCCUUCUUGCUCUAACAGGUAUUUUUCAGCAGUAUUGGGUUCACCAGGUCAGGAAAGUGAGAUUGCAGGGCUAUUACGAUUUUAGCCAGAGACUGAAGCAUAUUGUUCGGCUUCCAUUUGCCACUAUUGCUUGCGGCACUGCUUUGAUGCUCUUAAUCAUGGUCUGGCAGCCUCUUGUACAUAUACUAUCAGUUUCAUUGCUGCUAAGGAUUGCCAUUGUUGUUGAAGUCACAUGUGCCGGAUGUUUUAUGAGCUUGUACAUAUGGUAUAUCCACAAAUACAACUCUUUGGAUGGGCGGCCUGAUAUUUUGCGGUCAUUAUAUUCUGCACUCCAGCCAUCUAGUAUGGUAGAAGAUCGAAGAUAUAAUGAUGGCCGUCUUUCUGACCAGCAGAUGGUGUUACUUCAGUACCAAAGGGAGAAUAUUCAUUAUCUGAGUGAGGAGGUGCUACGCUUGCAAGAAUGCUUAAGCAAAUACCAGAGAACUGAUGCUGGGAUCGGUCCUCAGGUUGAUCUUGCCCAUAUUUUAGCAUCUCGUGAUCAAGAGCUUCGAGCACUCACCGCUGAGAUGAAUCAAGUGCAUUCCGAACUUCAACUUGCUCGUGGUUUGAUUGAUGAGAAGGAGUCAGAGAUCCAGCGCAUUCGUGUGAGCAACAAUCAGUAUGUUGAAGAAAAUGAUAGGCUCAGGGCUAUUCUUGGUGAAUGGAGUGCUCGAGCAGCAAAGCUGGAAAGGGCGUUGGAGGCAGAGCGAGUGUCAAACAUUGAAUUGCGGAAGAACAUUGCAAAGUUUAGGGGUGAUUUGUACAAGGAGCAAGGGGCCUGAUUUUCCCUGUUCUAGGAUUGUAUACCUCUCGUGUAUUUUAGCUGGUUUCACAGAUUUGCAUCAACGACUAAAGGCGUAAUCUGGACAACUGACCAAGCUAAUCAUCCCAUGUGAAAUAUUGGAAUUCCAGACAAUCAGCACAUGGUGGAUAGAAGAAAAAACAACUCGAUCUGGAUGCGUUAGAAUCGAAACAUAGUACAAGAUCAGGACAUGAUUGUCCAAUGGUGCUUAUGCAUCAGGAAAAGGAAUGAAAACUCUUGUGAUUUGUAGAAUGCGUAGUUUGAUGUACAGUUCUUCGUAGAUUUGGUUAUGGACUAUGGGAUUGCUGUAGUUAAAGACUACCGAGUUGAGUUCAUUUGUUCUGUUAUUGCGUUUGCUCCAAUGAGACAGGAGAGAUGCUCUCACUUUUUCCCUCUGGGUUUAAUUUGCAACUGCCAAGUCUUUGCCUGCCCAUGGUGAUGAAA